UACGGGCUCACGGAUUCUUACGUACGUAUACGAGAUCUCCUGUUCAUUUUUUAAGCAAGAAUUAUACAGGUAAUAGAGGUUACAGCAAAAUGAAGACUGUAUUUGGAACCAUGGAAUUUGGUCGCCAAGCAGACCCUAUUCAGGCUAAGGAAAUGGUUAAAAUGUGCAUGAAUUCUGAUUGCUAUGAGUUUGAUACUGCUUUUAUGUAUGCAGGGGGGAAGUCAGAGGAAAUAAUGGGUACUAUUGAUUUGCUUAAAGAUCCAAAGGUUGUCAUUGCUACUAAAGCAAAUCCUUGGAGUGAACAAGGACUGAAGUUUGAUCGUGUUUUGGAGCAGAUGAACACCUCACUUCACAGACUUCAAAGAAAGAGUGUUGAUAUAUUCUACUUACAUGCACCUGAUCACAAAACUCCUAUUGAAGACACCCUAAAGGCAGUUGACCAACUACACAAGGAGGGCAAGUUCAAGCAGUUUGCUUUAUCUAAUUACGCUGCAUGGGAGGUGGUAGAGAUAUACUACAUCUGCAAAGAAAGCAAUUAUGUUCUGCCAACCAUAUACCAAGGAAUGUACAAUGCAUUUGUCAGAGCUGUUGAAAGUGAACUUUUUCCUUGUUUGAGAAGAUUUGGGAUUCAGUUCUAUGCAUACAAUCCACUUGCAGGAGGUCUUCUUACAGGAAAGUAUCAGUACAGCGACAAAGAUGAUAAACAGCCAUUUGGUCGUUUUUUCGGCACUGGUCCGUGGGCAGAAAGUUAUAGGGAAAGAUUUUGGAAAAAGCCUUUGUUUGAUGUUCUUGACAAGUUGAAGGUCAAGUUAAAUGAAAUUUAUGGCGAGGGAAAAGUAAGCCCGACAGAAGCUUCACUGAGGUGGAUCUACCACCACUCUUUGAUGUCAGAGAAAUAUGGCGAUAAAGUCAUUCUUGGAGCUUCAAAUUUGGUUCAUCUCGAGGAGAACCUAAAAGCCUCCAAGCAAGAUGUCCUUCAUGAAGAUAUCGUGAAAAUAUUUGACGAGGGAUGGGAAUCCAUGAAAGGACAAUGUCCUGCUUACAAUCGCUGAUGGAGUCCGCUGUGGCGUCACUUCCUUAUUCAUCUCUCAAUUGUGUUCCUGUGUGGAACGCCUGUAGGUUAAUGCUUACUAAGCCGGGAGAAUUAAAACUAAUAAUGCCUUAAUAAUGGAUUGAUGAGGCAAUAUUAGUUCGAAUCGUACCUCGUCACUAUGGAGGCUUUGCAGCUAGUCGAGGAUAAUAUGAAUUGCCUUAGAUCAUCGUAAUAGUAGAAGCAGUGAUUAUGUAGUUGUUUAAAAUAAAUAAAAAGGUAGAAUGAUU